AUCCGAUUCGCAUUGUGGAAACUUAUAAUUUAUUUGUCGAAAAAAAAUGAUAAGACAGUGUAAUUCGACGCAAGAGUUUUAGUUUUCAUGACAUGGCCGACUUUUGAUUGAUUGAAGUCGAGUGCAAGUGACUUAAGGAACUCUCGGAACUCUUGGACGGGAGUUUUUUUUCCCGAUGCCCUUACAGUUACGUAUGUGUGGAUAUGCGUGUCUUUGACGUUACUAUUGUCCCCGUGUCCUCGUCUGCUGUGUUUCAACCCCCCCCCCCCCUCGUGUGACGUGUCUUGUGUGUGUGCCGAACCGUUUCGUGCGUCUUGUCUCUCGGUUCCGGAUCCAUUGAAAAUCGGAAGUUUUUCUUUUCUUUUUUCUUUUGUUUUUUUUAUUUAUUUAUCUAUUUUUUCCGUCGGCAAACGACAAGAAAAAGUUGGAUGGUUGUCCGCUACUGACUUCUUGUAACAACUAGUGCUAGUAGGGGGAAGCCCAUCAAAUCAAAGGAUCCGCCAUUGAACAUACUUAUUUUCUUACUUACUUACUUUUUUUCAACUUUAAUUGAAUUUUUCUUAUUUUCUUGCACGUGUCGUUUGGGUGUAGUAUAACGAAGAAAAACCCUGGGUGGGUGGCGCUCAUCAGCAGUCAAGCGGUGAGCUCCGGCUCUGCUUGUCCUGUGUGUCGUUACUCGAAUGACUUUUCUUCUUCUUCUUCUUUUCUCUCCUUCGCAUCGGCCAACGUCGUCGUCGUGUGGUGCCAGUUUUUUUUUUUUGUUAAGUAUUUGGGAAUUUUUUGCGACUCACUCGACUAGUUUUUUCGCCGUACGACUCCAGGCGCGCUGGUUCCGCAAUCAAUCCGACAUUCUCGACGCUUGCCAACGUGUCUACAAAACCGGACGAAAAAAAAAUCCAUCCACAGACCUGAUUUGAAAAUGUUCCCUAAAUUAAUCUAUCCAAAAUUGGUGAAAUCGAAAUUUGUACAUUGGCGACCAAUUGCUAGGCUAUCGUCAAAUACCUGCCUAGAAUCUUUGUCAAUAUGUGGCAAUCCGCCUCGUAAACGAUUAAAUUUCUGGGUUUGUAACACCUAUGCAAGAAGCAGACCACAAGUGAUUCAAAUUCUCAAAGAAAACGGAAUAAUAGUAACCGCAGAUCUGUUGAAGAAAUUCAACUUCACGGUAGAAGAAUUUCAAGCCGAUUCGAGACUUCUUAAAAGAAAAAAAAGGGAAAAAUGAAACAAAGUACUUUGAAAAAAGACCAGAAUGAACCAGAAACGUGCAAUCCGCCGUUUAUUGAUCUUGAUGUCGAUCUUUCAUAUCUCGGGAUAAAUUUUACCGUUAAAUCGUCUCCAUCACUUAAAAACGAAGUCUGGAUCCCAUCAGAAGAAAAUGUGAUUGACGGGUCAACUCUCCAAGAAAAUUGUGAGCCAAAAUUACAGGCAUUUGAGCAAUAUUAUUCUGACAAAUCUGCUUCUUUUCACACAUAUUGCCUCGAACAACUGUCGUCCAGUGACGAUUUACCUGAAGGUUGGAGUGGUGAUUGUCUGAUUUGUCCAGGCAAUACUGCUUUUAAAUGUUACAACGCCAACAACAGCCUCUCCUGUCCAAAGGACAGUAUUGAAUGGAACGAAAUUUUUUCCAUGUUAACAGGUGUUUCGCAUUUGUCGCUUCAAGAGAAGAUUGAAACGCUCACAUGGCGAGUUUGCCCUUUCUAUGGGAUCUUGGAAAUCUUGGCGUCCAAUGUUGUUGUGUGGACAACUAAAGUAGAAACGGUCGACGGACCGAUUUGCUCAUUUUGCGAUCGUUACGUGAGUCCCAUCUACCGCACGACAACGAAUUCAUGCGUAUCCUGCGAGCACAAUUACAUAAUAACGCUAUUUCCACCAACUCCAAGAAUUCUUGAUAUCCCAAAGACAGAUGUGCCCCGGAAGAACAAGACGUUAGUCUUCUUGUGCGCCCGGCUAUCGGCUGGGAAUACAUUGACGGUUGGAUACUUUGACAAAUUGGUCGCGUCACUAGAACAAAGUGAAAGCAAUCCAGGACGGUUUGGUAAAUUCAACCGUCCCGGGUUGCCGGCAGGAAUGGAGAUUGUUGGAAAAUUUGUUGCCCGCGCGACUGCAACUACAAAAAUUGAUACUAGAAACGAGCGAACCAUCAAUGCUGAAGCUGAUUGGCUACCGAUGAAUCUGUUGCCAGAGUUCAUCGUACAUCGCUACUGGCCGGGAAAUACAGUUCUCAUAGGAAUGUCUUCACCUUCCUGUUUAACCGUUUCGCCAAAUCAUCUGGUUAUGCAUUCGUAACAUGUCUUCAUCAAUUCUUUUUUUUAUUUUUUUUUAUUUCUUUAUAUUUCCCCAAAAAACCUUCAUUGAGGAACUUUUCGCCCGUGGCAUUCCACGAGACAGCCUCUUCUGUUAUUGUUAUUGUCUACAAUCCAGGAAUGGCCAUUCAAGCAAAUAUGAGAUAAUUCUCUUGGCCCAAGAAUUCCUAACCGCUUUAGAACUUGGUGCGCCUACUUAUGAUGUGCGCCCAGCACAUAUUGGAUUUUUACACGCGGCGAUAAUUGGUAAUAUUUCUUUUAAUUUUUGUCUCACGUAUUACAUUCAAAAAGGAACGUGACAGUACAGCCAG